GAGCCGCUCAUAGCAGCCGCGGUGCGCCGGUAUUUAGGCUUUGCCUACCCGGCUACUUCGCCUUGACUCAAUUUUCAUGUUCUAAACAGAGCUUAAGAGAAAAUGCUAGUGGAACAUACUGUACACAUCCGCUAGCGAAUCAAGCAACCGUCACGGGUCUGACACGCCUGUCAAAUUGUUUAAUCCAGAAUUCAAGUGAUGUUACAGAUAUUCAACCAUCUGAAGAAUGUAGUCGUUAAAGGGUUCCCGAUACUUCAACGUCGUAAUUACCAAUUCACGAAGACUCUGAAUGGGUACGCUUUGGCUUCGCCUGCGAAGUACGAGCUGGAGAACAAAUACGCGCACCAGAAGGUCAGGAAAAGGAACCAGCAAAUAGUUGAAGAGAUCGGGCUUAGAAGGAAACAAAUCUGGAUGGACGGAUGGACUGACUCUACCGGAUAUCCGCCUACAAGAGGCUGAACCCUUUACUAGUAAUACAACUAUACUUAUGUCAUCUUAAUCAAGCAUCUUUAUAAUGGAUUAAACAUUUUCUCAUUUGAAUUUGUUUUAUU